AUGAUAGUUGGUAUAGGCCUGCCGACCGAAUUAAGGGAUCAGGCCAUAACUUUGGGAGUGGUGGCAAAAGCGUUUUAUUUAUUACCAACUAAUAGUUCGACUUACACACAUCCUUCAAUCGAUUACGCUAGAAGAAAACGAUCCACGUCCAGGCCAUCUUCAACUGAGGAAAUCAUAAACCAUCAGCAUAUGGAUUACCAUGCAGCCGAGAAAUUAGGCAAGGAGGUGGAAGAUUGCAACGCCGUAUUUCCUGAAUGCCAAAACAACAUUCUCACGAUAUUUUCCCGACUGUUACAAUAA